UUGAAUAUCGAAUGCUCUAUUUCUUCUCUCAUCCCAAUGCUCGCUUGCAAUGAUGAAGCUUCUGAUUUGUUAAGCAACAUAACUGAAUGUGAAACUUCAAUCGGGUAAGAGGAACGGUUUAAAACAGCACAUAUAUCAUGUUAUCCUCAACAAAGUUCAAUUUUGAGGGAUUGGUAUGUGACCCAAAUAUCGGAGUAGAAUCCGCAGAAACACCAGUUUCUGUGUAUCUGAUUUUCGAUAUAUAUCCCGUCAGUUUCAGUUUGCUUGGAUUAGUGAAAGAUAAGGAUUGCGGAGCGAAAAAAAAUGUUAUCCAUACAGUAUUAAAUUAGUGAUUGUCGUAUCAUUUCUAUAGCAGCGUCUACUCAACAGUUGUACCAUCAAAAUUUUCGUGUGAUGGAGAAUUUCUGGCGUGUGUUGUUUAUUGUGGGGCUGCUUUUGAAUGCAGCUUCAGCUGCUCCUACUUUUCCCUGUGAUCCUUCCGGUGGCUUCAAUACGUUUCCCUUCUGUAACACUCGACUGAGUAUUGCUGAGAGAGUCAAGGAUCUCAUUGGGCACCUCACAUUGCAGGAGAAGAUUGGGCAACUGGUGAAUUCUGCAGCCUAUGUUCCCAGGCUUGGAAUUCCUAAAUAUGAAUGGUGGUCGGAAGCGUUGCAUGGAGUCUCCAAUGUGGGGCCAGGGACUCGCUUCAGUCCUCUUGUUCCCGCUGCUACCAGUUUCCCUACUGUCAUUCUCUCUGCUGCUUCCUUCAAUGUUUCUCUCUGGAUGGCCAUGGGUCAGACUGUAUCAAACGAGGCCAGAGCAAUGCAUAAUUUGGGAUUAGCAGGGUUGACAUACUGGAGCCCCAAUGUGAACAUCUUUCGCGACCCCAGAUGGGGAAGAGGCCAUGAGACCCCUGGCGAAGAUCCAUUCCUUACUUCCAGAUAUGCAGCCACCUAUGUCAGGGGAUUGCAACAGACCGGUGGCCCUGACCCCAACAGACUCAAGGUGGCGGCGUGCUGUAAACAUUACACUGCCUAUGACCUCGACAACUGGAACGGCGUCCAACGUUUUACAUUCAACGCGAAGGUUUCGAAGUAUGAUUUGGCAGACACAUUCAAUCCCCCCUUUUACGGGUGUGUAAAGGAUGGCAAUGUGGCGAGUGUUAUGUGUUCUUACAAUCAAGUCAAUGGCGUUCCCAGCUGCGCUGACCCGAAUUUACUUAUCGGUACUGUCAGAGACCAGUGGAAAUUGAACGGGUACAUUGUCUCUGACUGUGAUUCCGUUGAUGUACUAUACAAUGCACAGCACUAUGCCCCAACUCCUGAAGAUGCAGUCGCCGAUGUCCUAAAAGCUGGAUUGGAUCUGGACUGUGGAGCAUUCCUUGGAAAUUACACAGAAUCUGCUGUGAAAGCAGGUAAAGUGACAGAAUCUCAGGUUGAUCUAGCUCUGACCAACACCUUCACAACGUUGAUGAGGCUUGGUUGGUUUGAUGGGGAUCCUACCAAACAGACAUUUGGGAACCUGGGGCCCAAAGAUGUGUGUACCGAGGCCAAUCAAGAACUCGCCUUGGAUGCUGCCAGGCAGGGGAUAGUGCUGCUCAAAAACACUGGUGCAUUGCCAUUAGCUAAGAGCAGGAUUCGGAACUUGGCCGUCAUUGGGCCCAAUGCAAAUGCCACGACUGCCAUGAUUGGCAACUAUGCAGGUAUUCCAUGCAAGUAUACAUCACCCCUCGACGGGCUUUCAAGAUACACUACAACCCUUUUUGCCCCAGGCUGUCCAGAUGUGUUAUGUGGUCGGAAUAGUAUGUUGGCUGGAGCAGUCAGAACAGCAGGAAAAGCAGAUGCAACAGUGUUAGUAGUAGGAGGGGACCUGUCAUUAGAGGCCGAGGGGCUAGACAGAACAAGUUUGUUGUUGCCUGGUUAUCAACAACAGCUUGUAUCCCUGGUUGCUAAUGCAGCUAAAGGGCCUGUAAUUCUUGUCAUAAUGUCAGGAGGUCCUUUUGAUAUAUCCUUUGCAAAGAACAAUGACAAAAUUGCAGGAAUCCUUUGGGUGGGUUAUCCUGGACAAGCUGGAGGAGCAGCGAUUGCAGAUGUAAUUUUUGGAUCAUAUAAUCCAGGUGGGAGAUUACCUGUGACCUGGUAUCCACAAGAUUUUGUUAAAGUUCCCAUGACUGAUAUGAACAUGAGGCCAAGCCCACGAAGAGGAUACCCUGGCCGAACUUACAGAUUCUACACAGGACCAACUGUCUACAAUUUUGGUGAUGGUCUGAGUUACACAAACUUCAAAACCACUCUGGUUAAGGCACCCAAACUAGUUUUUGUUCCCCUGAAGACAAAAAAUGCAUGCUGGGACAAGAAAAACAAUUCUACUUGUCAGUUCAUCCCAGUGAGCGUCACCAAAUGCCAGCACAUUGUGAUUGAUGUUAAUGUUGAUGUGAAGAACGAAGGUCCGAGAGAUGGAAGCCAUACAGUACUAUUAUAUUCUAGAUCCCCAGUAGCACAAGCGUAUAGUCCCAAGAAGCAACUAGUAGCAUUCCAAAAGAUUUUUCUCCAAGCAAGAGCAAAGCAGAGAGUUCAUUUCAAGCUUGACAUAUGCAAGGGUCUCGUCAUUGUUGACAAACAUGGACAUGAGACGCUACCACUGGGUGAACAUGUCCUUUACAUAAAUGAUGUGCAACACACUAUUUCUCUUGCAGUAAAUAUGUAAUUUCCAAAUGUUUUCAUUAUGUCAAGAGGCAUCUACAAUGACAUCAAAAUGUUCGUAAACAAAAAUUCAAUUUUGAAAUAAUUUGACAUGCAAAUGACGGGUAAAUGCAUGAAAUAUGCGAUCUUUUGGUUUUUGUGGAGGUGUUAUUUAAUUA